AUGUCCAGGACGGCCAAACUAACUCUCCUCUUGACCUCAUCAAUCACUGGACUGACUGUCUGGGGGGUGCAUUUCUUGCAAACAUCGGAAAGAGAUGCUAUGUAUCAAGGCGUCAUCAGGGAUAAGGAGCGAAUCGAAGCGAGACUAGCCCAAUUGGCUCGAGAAGCGGAAUUCGAACAACAGAAACUCAAACGGGAACAUCUUGAAAGUAUCCAACCCGAGCUUAAAUAA